AUGGGCGAUGGAAUGUCUUCAAAGCGAAGCAACCAUCUGUAUAGAGACUACGCAGCAUGUACCGUUGUCGAUAAAAAUGGACCAACUCCAUAUCUUUAUUUCAAUCGUGGAAUAGACCUCUUCAAAAUCGUGUCACCUAAAUCAAUAUCGAUCAAAGAAGGUGAAACUUACUCAACCAAAGAUUUCGAGCAUUCGUUGUUGAACAAAUAUCAUGCUCAACCUAAAGUCAUCUGUGCUGCUGAUGAGUUUGAUGGAAUUUUUCUCCAUGAAAUAGUCUUCUGUUUCAAUGAGCAUUCAACGCCUGUCGAUUGUCCCGCGGAAUAUGCAAAUGACCUCCAAACCUUCAUGUAUACGUUCAAUGAACAUCCUGAAAAUGACUACAGGAAACAAAUUGAUCAACAGAAACUUUGUGGAGAUUCAUUCACUGUACCGGUAUAUAAAAUGUACUCAAAACCAACAGAUGAACCUGUGAAAAACGCUCAUUCAGAAGAUACUUCAUCCUCUUUAUCAGACAUAUUUUCAGGUAUCUGGAAUUGGUUUCGGGGUCUGUAAGACAAUUGAUUGUGUAAAGGAUUGCGAACAAAAUAUGCACAAACAAUUUUACUUUGAGUAGAUUUAGUGUGAUCUCUGCUUUCAUUAGCACAAAACUCCUCGUUUGAAUUUUUGC